GGGCGCUUGAGACCUACGGCCACGGACGUUGUGGUGAACUUUGCCGGUGUUGAAGUAUCCUCCGAACACUAAUCGUCUACUCUGUGUUCCAGUCUGUUCCAGCCUGAGAAUGGGCAGUGUGUUAGCUGCUGCCUCACCCAGUCCAGCCCCUGCUGCAGCUGGAGGUGUUCCUGGGGUUCCAGGUUUGGUCUCAGUCCCUCCUGGGUUCACUAUGCCCUCAGUGUCUUCAGUCCCUCCAACAUCUGAAUCUGGUCAGAAGUCUGCAGAUUCGUCGCUUCAAAACCCAGGCACAUACGAGGAGUGCCAUCGAAAGUGUAAAGAGGUGUUCCCUCUCCAGAUGGAAGGGGUACGAUUAGUGGUUAACAAGGGUUUAAGUAACCACUUCCAAGUCAGCCAUACCAUUACCCUGAGCACUCUGGGCGAUUCUGGUUAUCGAUUUGGUGGCACAUACGUUGGUAGUAAACAAACUGGACCAGCAGAGUCAUUUCCAGUCAUGGUUGGAGAUAUGGACAACACUGGCAGUCUUAAUGCCCAAGUCAUCCAUCAGCUUACAAAUGCUGUACGCUCCAAAAUAGCCAUUCAGACUCAGCAGCAUAAGUUUGUGAACUGGCAGUGUGACAUGGAAUAUCGUGGUCAGGACUUCACCACAUCUGUGACACUCGGAAACCCAGAUGUUCUCGUUGGAUCUGGUAUAAUAGUUGCUCACUAUCUCCAGUCAAUCACACCAGCACUGGUUCUGGGCAGUGAGCUGGUGUACCACAAAAGACCAGGAGAGGAAGGGACUGUCACCUCCCUAUUGGGCAGGUACACAGGUGACAACUUUGUUGCAACUCUAACUUUGGGAGGAACUGGAGCUCAUGCUACAUACUAUCACAAAGCAAAUGACCAGUUACAGGUAGGAGUUGAAUUUGAAGCAAACACAAGGAUGCAGGACACAACAACUACUUUCGGUUAUCAGCUGGACCUUCCCAAAGCUAAUUUGCUUUUUAAAGGCACAGUUGACAGUAAUUGGGUGGUUGGGGCAACUCUUGAAAAGAAACUCAUUCCACUUCCUCUCACACUGGCCCUGGGGGCUUUCCUCAACCAUCGUAAAAACAAGUUCCAGUGCGGCUUUGGAGUCACUAUUGGCUAGAGGUGCACAGACUGCCUGGAACCAGCUCACAGACAGCAGCUUGUACUGGCACAGAGACACAAGAACCUGAACUAUGUUUUAGGAAAUGAAUUCAAAGACUCUCUUCCAACUUUGAUUUCCGGGGCUAAUAGAGAGACGAAGACAACUACCAAGAAGCCAGGACUGGCCAAGCCAUGCCUACAUACUGUAGCACACAUGUCUUUCCUGUAUAAUGUUUUGGAUAUACUGAGACGUUAGAGUGAUGUAUAUCAGCGGGCUUAAGAUGAUGCAUGAGAACGUGAUGUGAAAUUUAAAGUACGUGGUACAGUAUGGUAUAAUAUAUUAUGAUCAUGUAUGGGUUGAAAUAAAUGUGAU